AUGGCAGCCACUGCCAAGGCGGUGGCAGGACAUGGCAUCAAGACAGCAACCUCUCAGAUCGAUGCUCAUGGAAAGAAGAGCCAAUGGCAGCAAGCCCUGUCGCUUUUGGCAGAUCUUCCUGCUCAAGAACUGCAGCCCACCAUUGUCACCUUCGGUGCAGUGCUCAAUGCUUGUGAGCGCGCCGAGCGCUGGCCACAGGCACUUCUGCUGCUGGAAGAUCUCCAGCAGAAGGAGAUACAGGUCGACAGCCUUGCCUAUGGUGUUGCCAUCAGCGCCUGUGGCAAGGGCUUGCAAUGGCACCGUGCUUUGGGCCUGCUGGGCGAAUUGCUGGAGAUGCAUGUGGAGGUGAAAGUGAGCGCGUUCAAUGCGGCCAUCACGGGCUGUGAGAAGAGCCGUUGGUGGACGAAAGCGCUGGCGCUCUUUGCGCAGAUAGAUCAAGUGCAGCUGGAGGCGAAUGUCAUUACUUAUAGCGCCCUGAUCAGUGCAUGUGAGAAAGGAGAGAAAUGGCAAACUGCAGCGCUUCUCCUCGAUCAGAUGGAGCUAAGGAAGAUCCAAAGCAAUGUCAUCACCUUCGCGGCGGUGAUGAGCGCUUGUGACGGUGCAGGACGAUGGCGGCAGGCCUUGUUGCUGCUGGAGCAGAUGCCCCGAAAGUCUUUGGAGCUGAAUGUGGUCAUCCGGAACGUGCAGAUCUCGGCCUACGUGAGCUGCAGCCAAUGGGAAGCGGCGCUCGAUGUCUUCGAGAAUUUGUGCAGCUGGCACCUAGAGAGGAAUGUGGUCAGCUAUGGUGCUGCACUCUCUGCCUAUGAGAAGGGCCAGAAAUGGGAAAUGGCCCUGGAGCUCCUUGAGGAUCUCCACUUGAGCCGAAUACAAGGCAACCUUGUAACCGCUUGCGCUGCUAUCAGUGCUUGUGAAACAGGGGCUGCUUGGAUCGCUGCGCUCAGCCUGCUGGAAGAGGUUCUUUCGCAGUUGCAGGCCGAUGUCAUCAGCUUCAGCGCCGCCAUGAGUGCCUGUGAAAAGUCCAGUCAAUGGGAGCGGGCCAUGCGGCUCUUAGCGCUUCUUCGGGAACAUGCAGUCCAGGAAACGGUCAUUACGUGCAAUUCCGUCAUCAGUGCCUGUGAAAAAGCUGGGCGUUGGCAAAUGGCUUGGGCUUUCCUUGAGGAGCUGCACAUGCGUCAGAUCCGUGCCACCAUCGUGACGUUUAGUGCAGCCAUCAGUGCCUGCGAGAAAGGUGGUCAAUGGCACCAAGCCAUGCAGGCCUUGGGGCAGCUGAGUUCCCUCGAGGGGUCGCUCCUGGUGCCUUCCAACGCGGCCAUCCGCAGUGGUGCCAGGCACCGGGCCUGGCAGAGCACUUGCACACUGCUCCACGGACUUCAAGAAAGCUCGGAGGCCAACGUGAUCACAUACAGCUCCGCGAUUGCUGCUGGGCCUCCUUGGUUCCUAGCUCUACACUGCCUUGCUGCAUGUCAAGUGCAACAGUUGCAGCCAAGCCUGGAAGUGUACAACUGUGCUAUGGCGCUGGAGGGAGGCGCGCAAAAGUUCUUGACCUGCUUGGAGGAGCUCCACCUUCAAGGUGAUCUUGUGACUUAUUGCAAGGCCAUUCAGCAGGGCGUUCACGACUGUUGGGGCCAUUUGAGGACCCGCACACUACGAACGUUCAGGCAGACUGCGCCUGCCCGCAGUAUGCGGCAGAUCGCUGCGCCCAAAACAGGGCCACCUGCACGGGCGUCUUUCCGGGGCGCGAGUCGUGGAUGUACCGUGGAUGCUGGGCUUUGGGUGUCUGGUUUGGAAUACAUACGCAUCUGGGAGGUUCAAUUUGGGCCUGCAUGCUCUUGCAGCCUCCUUUUUGGCCCCCAGGACAAUGUGGAAGGCGGUGUUAAUCCACUCAUCCAUUUUGUUCAGAAAAUGCGCUGA